CCUUUUGGCCCUAUAUAUGAAAGCUGCGUUGUUGGUCAUGCCGUGCUUUCCCCCCACCAUUAAAACCGCGAAACUUUUCUUCGUCGGAUCACAAUCUCGUGAGAGGGUUCUCGUCGAUCCCUUUUUAAUUCAUUCCCUCUCUCGUUCUUCCCCAGUCCGUCAGCCUACGUUUGUUCUUGAAGCUUCCAAAAAAGAAAGAAAGAAGAAAAAAUGGCGUCUUUGUCGACUUGAAUCCUCUCUCGUCUAGGUCGAUAACUCACUCCCUCCGUUUCUUGAAUCCCCGUAUCGUCCCUUUUCCUUUGUCGGAUCCAGUCUCGCAUGUUUCGGGUCUUGAGGUUGUCUUAACCAGGAGGGGAAGAAGCAUGAGUAACACGAUGUUGCCGAGAGUGAAGGCCAUGUUCCAUCUGGUCUACGACCGAGGAUAAUUCGAUUCGCCAAGCUUUUUUGCUUUUGCUCUCUGCUCACCAGAAAGUUCCCUUCUUUUCGUGCUCUUUUCGAGUGACCACUCUGCAGGGAAAAAAAGGUAUUUUUCGAUUUCUCGGCAAAGAGAGGGAAGACAGAGAGAUGGAAGCCGACAAGGGAAAAGCGAAGAAGGGCCUGAUAAGCAAGACGUGGGAGCGGUGCAAAUCCAUCGGCCGCGGCGGUGGCGGCAACAAGGCCGCCUCCCCGGGUCGCCUCACGAGGAAGACCAAGUCGUGGAGCGGGUCCGGCGCUGGGGAGGCCGCGGCGGCGGCGGUGGCCGUGGAGUGUGGCCGCGGGAGAAGGCGGCGAGUGGCUCCGGAGGGGUGCUUCUCGGUGUACGUGGGGCCCGGGAGGCAGAAGUUCGUGAUCAAAACCGAGUACGCCAACCACCCGCUCUUCAAGGCCCUCCUCGACGAGGCCGAGGCCGAGUACGGGUACAGCAGCGGAGGCCCCAUCGAGCUCCCCUGCGACGUCGCGGUCUUCUACCAGGUGCUGAUGGAGAUAGGCUCCGACGACAACGACGAUGGCGGGGGCCACACAGGCGGCCUCGGGGCGAAGCGGCGGGUCGGGUGCGGAUUCAGCCAAGGGUACGGCGCGUACCGCCUGCUCAGCCCGUCCAGGAUGAUUACCAUAAAUCAGUUCUAGUCUUCUAGAGUUAUAAUAGUGCUUUCGCUAUGUUCCAUACACGUGUAGGGAUAUGAUAAGAGUCAUAGCUUUUUUUUUAUCUUGGUUUUAGUGCUUGUUUUCGUCUUGGCAAUAAGUAGAGAGAUCCGAAGAAGAAGUGCAUACGAAUUUGACUUGGUCGUUGCAGGGUGUUAUGUAAGAGAGAGAGAAUACAAUACCAAGUGGCAGUAGUGGAUGAUGUACGUGGUAGCUUGAGAACAUAAGAUCCUAGCCAGGCGUUUGUACACAUCUAGGGACCAGAUCUACUAUGGGUUUGAUUAUG